AUGGCGCGGAGCCGGCGGGGGCGCGGCCGGGGGGGGGGGCGGGUGCCUGGCGGGGAGAGGCGAGGACGCGUGGGCAUCGCCGCGGGGGACGCCCCACCCGGGUGCCCCCAGGCCCCCGCCCCAAGGCCUGGAGCCGCGCAGCCCGCCCGCCCGCCCACCCACCGCACCUGCUGCAGGAGCGCGGCCCCGGGCGCCCACCCAAGGGACGGCUCGGCCCCGCGCCCGCGAGCCCAGCCCCCGCCCGCCUUCCCUCCUGUAACGCCCAGCGCCGUGCCCGGGCCGCGGCCUGCACACGCUGACGGGCGCCUGAGGCCCGGGGCCUCCUCGCUGGGCGGCUGCCCGGGCCGGGACCUGCUGCGGCGGGGCGCCCCUCUACCUCUGCCCGGGGACCAGGUGCUGCGCGGCCCGCAGGCUCCCUGCUGCCCGGUCCGCGUCGGCGUCAGCGCCCCUGGCAGCGCGGGCGGCACCUCCCGGCUUGGGGGGCGGCGGGGCGGCGGCAGCGACCAAUCACAGCCUCGGGGGCCGGACGGACACCCGGGCAGCGGGAGCUCGGGGACCUGCGGGAACCACCGGGCUGAGCCCGCCAUGGGGGGGGCUGAAUACGCAAACCUCCGGGUGCCAGAGAAUCCCGCAGACUCAAAUACGUACACAGGUGUGAGCUACACUGCGGAAUCGGAGUACGACGGGGACUGCGUGGACACCCCGAAUCCCUUUCAAAACUUACCCUCCAUGAGCCUUGGCACAGCCGGCUUGUGGAUCCCAUCCUCGGAGCGCUCUCCGUGGCCUCCUGCGCUCAGCUCGUCCGGCACCCGCCCCCAGCCCGCCCUCCACCUGCGGGAGGCUCACCUGCAAACUACUUCCCGCCUCCGGGAAGCCCUCUGA